CCUCAAUAAACUCCUCUGCCGUUCAGCCGUUGAGGGGAGGAGGCUAAGAGGAGCUCGUCGCCUCACCGUCACCGAGGCUGCGGUGCAUCAGGUGAAGGUGAGGAUAUGCCGCCGCCGGCGACCCCUGCCUCGGGAGCCGCUGCGGCCGCGAUGCGCCCAUACUUGACGACGCACGGAAAGCAAGUCGCUAGGCUGCACCUGUUCGACUGGAUCGUGCUGCUCCUGCUUAUCGCCAUGUACGCCGUGCUCGGCCGGCUCCAGCCGUUCCACCGGUUCGUCGCAGAGGACAUGAUGGCGAGCCUCCGGUACCCGAUGAAGGGCAACACCGUGCCUAGCUGGGCCGUGCCGAUUAUUGCCAUCGUUGUGCCGAUGAUUUUCAUGGUUGGAAUAUACAUCAAGAGGAGAAACGUCUAUGACCUGCAUCAUGCUAUUCUUGCAGGCCUUCUGUUUUCCGUUCUGAUAACGGCCAUCCUGACCGUUGCGAUCAAGGAUGCAGUUGGCUGGCCGCGCCCGGACUUCUUUUGGCGCUGCUUUCCUGAUGGAGUACCGAAUUACAACAACAUCACCGGAGGUGUCAUAUGCCACGGACAGCAGAGCGUAAUCGAAGAGGGCCACAAGAGCUUCCCAAGUGGGCAUUCUUCAGGUUGUUUUUCCGGGCUCGGAUUCCUGUCAUGGUACCUGGCCGGCAAAAUCAAGGCUUUCGAUCGAGGAGGCCAUGUUGCCAAGCUGUGCAUCGUGCUUCUGCCUCUGCUGCUUGCAACGAUGGUUGCUGUGUCACGAGUCAGUGACUACUGGCACCACUGGCAGGAUGUGUUUGCUGGUGGAGUUCUUGGAUUGGUGGUUGCUUCAUUUUGCUACCUUCAGUUCUUUCCACCACCCUACAGUAAACAGGGAGUUUGGCCUCAUGCCUACUUUGAGCACAUUCAUCAAACGGGAGGUGAAAGGAAUAUACAGUCAACAACAAACGCGAAUUUACACCAUCAGUCACUGUCACUUGAUCUUUCUGGGUCAAAUGAGAUUAGAACUACCAGCCAUGCACUGGAUUCCAUGGAAGAAGGAAGCAGAGAUCAGUGACCGAUGAAUUUAAGGUUUCCGUUUCUUUCUUUUCUUUUAUUUUUGUAAUGCAGGUGAAAGGAAUAGAUGACUUCUUACCGAGACACUAAGUAUGUGUUUCAUUUGGAGACGGUAUGGGAUGGAAUGAAUUUUAUCCCUGUUUCUAGCUAGGAUGGGACUGUCCUAGUUUCUUUUUUGGUUGGAGAGACUGUACUACAUGAGAUGCUUAGCCAUUUUUUGUGCCUGUAUGUGGGCCCAUUGACUACAGUGACUAAUGUGUGGAAAACGGUUAUA